GUGAACGACUUCAUUGCUUUGCUUACACCGCACGCAAAGUAAGGGCGGUACGGGGAUUAUUACAUAUUUCCCGAGUUGUUACGUGUUGCGGCUCGUAGUUAGUUCAAUUUUCCUUAUCGAUACGCGGAAUAUUUUCAUUUCAGAGGAUCAACUACGUGAGGACAAAGAAAAAUGACCGACGACAAGACAGAAUUCGAUUGGGGAAAUGAGAAAUUACAACGUGCCCAGAAAACAGUGGACGAAUCUCCUUUCGACCUGGAAGCAUGGAGCAUCCUUAUCCGGGAAGCACAGAAUCGACCUAUAACAGAAGUAAGACCAGUUUUUGAGAAGCUUGUCUCCGUGUUUCCAUCGGCUGGUCGUUAUUGGAAAAUUUAUAUUGAACAAGAGAUGAAAAUGCGCAACUUCGAAAAGGUUGAAAAGCUUUUCCAAAGGUGCCUCGUGAAAAUCUUAAAUAUUGAGUUGUGGAAACUUUACCUUUCUUAUGUCAAAGAAACAAAAGCCAGCCUGGCAACAUAUAAAGAAAAAAUGGCACAAGCAUACGACUUUGCUUUGGAUAAAAUUGGAAUGGACAUACACUCCUAUAGCAUAUGGAAUGACUAUGUUACAUUCCUCAAAAGCGUCGAGGCUGUGGGCUCAUAUGCUGAGAAUCAGAAAAUCAGUGCUGUUAGGAAGGUGUAUCAGCGUGGUGUUGUCAAUCCUAUGAUAAAUAUGGAACAAUUAUGGAAAGACUAUAUGGCCUUUGAACAGAAUAUUAAUCCAAUAAUCGCGGAGAAAAUGGCUAUUGAACGUUCUAGGGAUUACAUGAAUGCGAGAAGAGUUGCCAAAGAAUUGGAAGCUGUAACAAGGGGACUUAAUAGAAGUGCUCCUAGCGUACCUCCAACCGGUCAUCCAGAAGAAGUUAAACAGGUCGAGCUAUGGAAGAAAUAUAUUGCAUGGGAACGUAGUAAUCCUUUGAGAACAGAAGACACUUCGCUAGUUGCCCGUCGAGUAAUGUUCGCUAUAGAGCAAUGUUUAUUAUGUUUGGGUCAUCAUCCCGCGGUGUGGCACCAAGCCGCUCAUUUUUUAGAACUCAGCUCGAAAAUAUUGACCGAGAAAGGAGAUGUAAACGCGGCAAAAAAUCUAAGCGACGAAGCUGCGACGAUGUUUGAAAGAGCGACGAGCACAUUGUUGUCGAAAAAUAUGUUAUUAUAUUUUGCGCACGCUGAUUUCGAAGAAGGCAGAGUGAAGUAUGAAAAAGUGCAUCAAAUAUAUCAAAAGUUCCUUGAUAUACCUGAUAUAGAUCCUACACUUGCGUAUGUACAAUAUAUGAAGUUUGCGAGGCGCGCUGAGGGUAUCAAAUCUGCUAGAACGGUUUUCAAAAGAGCUCGUGAGGAUCCGAGGUGUAAGCAUCACGUUUACGUUGCUGCUGCGUUAAUGGAAUAUUACUGUACCAAGGAUAAAAAUAUCGCUUUCCGAAUAUUUGAGUUGGGCUUAAAAAAAUUCGGAGACAAUCCUGAUUAUAUACUUUGUUAUAUUGAUUACUUAUCACACUUGAACGGUAAGAAUAUAUCAAAACGAAGACAUUUAGAUUCUAGAUAAAUUAUUUGUCGUUGAUUCAUCGACAUAUGGAAUCGGUUUUUAGAAUUUGAGUCGAAUAUUGGAGACCUGGCUAGUAUCGUUAAAGUCGAAAAGCGACGUAGCGCGGUCUUAGAGAAGAUCAAAGAAUUUGAAGGUAAAGAAACAGCACAAUUAGUAGAUAGGUACAAAUUUUUAGACUUGUAUCCGUGUACUCCUAUGGAAUUGCGGUCGAUUGGAUACAUGGAAGUAUCCAGCGUAGGAAGAACUACAGUUGGUGUACUACCGCGGAUACCGGAUCCGGAGGAAGCUAUGGCAUCAUUACCACGACCUGAUUUGUCACAAAUGAUUCCUUACAAACCGAAAGUAAAUCCACUACCUGGAGAACAUCCAGUACCUGGCGGUUCGUUUCCAUUACCACCAGCUGCAGCACAGCUUUGUACUAUGCUUCCUCCACCUGGAUGUUUCAGAGGACCAUUUGUAGCUGUUGAUUUGCUUAUGGAUGUAUUUAAUCGAAUUCAGUUACCAGAACACGCACCGUUGCCUAUAGCAGAUAAUGGGUGCGACACGAAGUUAUUCGAUUUAGCAAAAUCUGUACAUUGGAUUGUUGACGAGAGCAACGAUGGAAUUAGCAUCGGAUCCAAACGGAGAAGAACUCGCUUAGGAGGCGACGACAGCGAGGAAGAGGAUCUACCACCGCCUCCCGCAAACGACAUAUACCGCCAAAGACAACAGAAGAGAGUCAAGUGAAUAAUUGAUUGAACAAUUCAGGAUAAGAAUUCUGUAUCAUCUCCUAUGUCUUGGAGAAAUUUGAUACAUGUUAUUAUAUAUUUUUACAUUUGCUGUUUGUUCCGAGGAGGGAACAAACCUACCAUCUCUGAUGAUAUGAAGCGUACAUUACACACACUCGUGUAGGAGUAACGAGUAAAUUCUUUAUGUGACACAGAGCACAAUAUUUUGAGUACCAUGUACUCAGAAAUCCUAUAUUUACACACUAUUAAUUUCGUCUUUGUUCAGAUGUGUUCAUUUAGAUGCGAAGUAUGAUGUGACCGAGAUGAAAAGACAAAAUUGGUAACGUCCAGUCCAAUGGAUCGAACUUAAUUGUACUGUUAGCUAUUUGUCAUUACAAGCAUAAAUAUAUAAGAACAAGAAUGAAUUUUUACACCAAUGUUUGUGGCAAUUUGUACUGCGCGGAAAAAGAAGAAAUAUUUUUCAAGUUGUACGAACUAUACAUAUAUACAUAGAAUCGGUGUGACUGGCGAUCGAUACAAUUUGUAUAGUGCAUCAGUACAUCUUUAAGGAUGUAUUGGCUAUACAGUCAAUCCCAGAAGUUUAUGUACUUUAGAAAAACGCAUUUCCUAAACA